ACUUGCAAUCCAUUCUACCAUAAUUCUACCACUGAUCUACUUAAUAAUAGUAAGAAAAAAUCCUUUUCGGUUUGCCAUGGGGAUGGCUCAGGCACUUCUGACAGCCCUCAUGAUUUCUUCCAGUUCAGCAACUUUGCCUGUCACCUUCCGCUGUGCGGAAGAAAAAAACUUCAUCGACAAAAGAAUUACCAGGUUCGUUCUUCCAGUUGGAGCCACCAUCAACAUGGACGGCACAGCUCUUUAUGAAGCAGUAGCAGCUGUAUUUAUUGCACAACUGAAUGACUUAGAGCUGGAUAUUGGCCAAAUAGUUACUAUUAGUGUCACAGCUACAGCUGCCAGCGUCGGGGCUGCAGGCGUCCCCCAGGCUGGACUUGUCACCAUGGUGAUUGUACUGAGUGCUGUCGGCCUGCCUGCCGAAGAUGUUACCCUGAUCAUUGCAGUUGACUGGCUUCUGUAA